AUGGAGACCACCAAACUGCCCCCGACCAGCCCGUCCUCCCCGACCACCGGGUUCUCGGUACCUUCAGCAGAGAAGGUGGAUGGGUUUCCCCGGCGCUCGAUGCGUAGAGCCCGGCAGAGGCGCUCCCACUCCUCGUCCCAGUUCCGCUACCAGAGCUCCCAGGUCGAGCUAACGCCACUGCCGCUGCUCAAAGAUGCCCCUGUGGCAGAGCUCCAUGACCUGUUCUGUAAGAAGCUGCAGCAGUGCUGUGUCCUCUUUGACUUCCUGGACUGUGUGGCUGACCUGAAGGGGAAAGAGAUCAAACGAGCUGCGCUCAACGAACUGGUGGAGUCUGUUGCUACAAGCAGAGGAGUUCUGAUAGAGCCACUCUACCCAGAGGCUAUUAAGAUGAUCUCAGUGAAUAUCUUCAGGACAUUACCUCCCAGUGAGAACCCAGAGUUUGACCCGGAGGAGGAUGAACCCACUCUAGAGGCCUCCUGGCCACACCUGCAGCUGGUGUAUGAAUUCUUUCUGCGUUUCCUGGAGAGCCCAGACUUCCAGCCCUCCAUGGCCAAACGCUACGUUGACCAGAAGUUUGUUCUUCAGCUGUUGGAAUUGUUUGACAGUGAGGAUCCGAGGGAGAGAGAGUACCUAAAGACCAUCCUGCAUCGUGUCUACGGCAAACUGCUCGGCCUGCGGGCAUACAUACGCAAACAGAUCAACAAUAUCUUCCUCAGGUUUAUCUAUGAGACCGAGCACUUCAACGGUGUGGCAGAGCUACUGGAGAUCCUGGGCAGCAUUAUAAACGGGUUUGCUCUGCCCUUGAAGUCGGAACACAAACAGUUCCUGGUUCGAGUCCUGAUCCCUCUACACACAGCCAAGUCUCUGUCCAUCUUCCAUGCACAGCUGGCGUACUGUGUGGUCCAGUUUAUGGAGAAAGAUUCUACUGUCACAGAAUACAUCAUACGAGGGCUCCUCAAAUACUGGCCCAAAACCUGCACCCAGAAAGAGGUGAUGUUCCUAGGGGAGAUAGAGGAGAUACUGGAUGUGAUCGAGCCAUCUCAGUUUAUCCGUGUUCAGGAGUCUCUCUUCAAACAGAUCGCUGCCUGCAUCUCCAGCCCACACUUCCAGGUAGCAGAGAGGGCCUUGUACUUCUGGAACAACGAGUACAUCCUGUCUCUGAUAGAGGAGAACUGUCAGGUGAUUCUACCGCUGGUCUUCGCCACACUCUACAGAGUGUCCAAGGAGCACUGGAACCAGACUAUAGUCUCUCUGAUCUACAACGUUCUGAAGACCUUUAUGGAGAUGAACAGCAAGCUGUUUGAUGACCUCACUGCCUCUUACAAAGUGGAAAGACAGAAGGAGUUGAAGAGGGAGUGUGAGCGUGCAGAGCUGUGGCGGGGGCUGGAGGAGCAGCAGGAGAGGAGACUGCAGAUCCUGGGGGAGGCCAGUCGCAAUCAGAAGAACCUCCAGGAGAGAGGGGAGCCUCCUCAGCCCUCCUCCACACAGACGGCAUUCCCUGAGCAGCCAAACCCCGAGCUCAGCGGAGCCUCUUCUAACACCUAGAACCAGACAGCGGAGGAUCAGUACCAGGAUACAUAGAGUACUUAGAGGACAUACAGAGACAGUAUGGACAUAGCCAAACACACACAUGUACACACGAAGGAGCAGACGCACACGCUCAAACACACACACACACACACACCCACACACACACACACACGCACACACACACACACACACUGAGAACGUACACAUGAACACACACAUAGUCGCACACAGGCAUAUACUGUAUACACACACACACUCAUGCAGAAUGUAAACAAAAUAUGAAUCAACUCAAACAGACUGACACUCACCUACAUUGAAGUGCAAACACAGCCCUCUACAUACUCACUGGAAGACUACCCACACAAACUGCCCAUCUUAAACAAGACAUAUUUUUCUCUCUCUCACACAAACACACACUCACACUCACACUCACACUCACACUCACACUCACACUCACACACACAGGUACUGGUUCUAGCUGUCUAGGUUUUGACGUGGAACCGUUUUCCCGGUUCUCCGACAAAGGACUUUAUACCGUCCCAAAAGAUACAGAGGAAUGAUGACGUGAAUGCUACAUAAUAUUGUUGCUUCUUCUUCUAUUAUUCUCUACUGUACUACUACUACUACUACUACUGAUGUUUUUAUAUAUAUAUAUGUCUGAAUAUUAUGAUUAUUAUAGUGUUGGUGGGAGAAUCUUUAGUGUAGAACUCCUAAAGCUUUAGCAUAACUAGAGCAUGGUCCAAAUCACACCCUAUUCGCUACAGAGCGAGUGCACUAUUGGCCAAAUGUAGUACACUAUAUGGGGCCUAAUCCCCAUAUUGUAGUGCAAUACUACUGACCAAAAGCAGUGCACUAUAAUGGGGAAAGGGGCUACUUCCCAAAUGGCACCCUAUUCCCUACAUAGUGCACUACUUUUGACAAGAACCCU